CGUCGUCGUCCGCGCGUCCGUCCGUCCGCGCGUCCUCUCCGCGAGAUGGAGCGGCUCGAGCGGAUGUUCAACGAGGCCGCGGCUCGCGCCGCGCCGGCGUCCGCGCGCCGCCCGCUCCCCGGCGAGAGCGACAGCGACGACGACAAACCGGACCCCACGGCCGCGGAGCGCAUCGUCCGCGCGCACGCGGACGGCGACUUCUUCACCGCGCUCGGGCUCCCGCUCCCGGACUGCGACGACGCGGGGAAGCCGGUGUGGGACGUCCCGGACGGCGUCGUGAGCAAGGCGUUCCGCAAGGCGUCGCUGCGCGUGCAUCCGGACAAGAACCCGAGCGAGGAGGCGAAGAUCGCGUUCGACAAGCUCUCGGACGCGAACCGCGCGCUGCGCGACCCCGCGCGCCGAGGCGAGGCGCUCCGGAAAUUCGCGACGAAGGCGUUCAACGAGAAGUGCCGCCUCGACCCGGGGUUGAUGUUGCGCGCGAAGAAGGCGCAGGAGAGAAGGGACGCGGAGGGGUAUCACGAGGAGAUUCAGCGGCAGCAGGAGGCGCACCGCGAGCGCAUCGCGGCGAUGAAGGCCAAGGCGGCGGCCUUUAGGAAGCGGCACAGGGAGGACGACGACGACGACGACGACGCGUCGGUCGGCGACACGAGCUCGGACGACGACGACGAGGAGGAGGACGCGAAAGAGAAGGAGCGGGCGGCGGAGGCGGAGAGAGCCGCGAAGAAGAGGGCGAAGGCGGCGGAGGAGGCGGCGGCGAAGGCGUCGACGGAGGGCGGCGGCGGCGGCGGGAACGGCCGAAAAGCGCGUCCGGGGGCGAGGAAGAAGGUGGCGAGCGCGAGCUCGGACGACGACGACGACGACGCCGGACUCGCGCGGCCGGUGCUCGGCGCGAAGGGACGCGGCAAGCCGAAGUUCAUCAUGUGA